AAAUAUAAAUGAUAGUAAACUCUUGUCGAACUAAUAAAAACAAAACAAAAAAAUCUAUUAGUGUAUGUGUUGUUAAAUUAAUAUAACAAGAAGAAAAAAUGAACCUUAAUUUAAAAAAAUAUGUUGGUGUUUUAAUUGUCUACUUAAUAAAAAAUUAAUGAAAAGUGUUAGUAAAAAAAUAAAAUUAGUGAAUUCUACCCUUAAAAAAAAGUAUAAAAAUACCCAAAAUAAAAUUGCUUAAAAGUCAAAAAAAAAAAAAAAAAAAUCUCAACAAAAAAUUUCAAUAAUAUUAAAUUAAAAUAAAAAUUACUAUAAUACCUAUACGUGAAAAGUGUUUAAAAAUAUUUUUUACAAACAAUGAAGAAAUUUACUUUCAAAGGAGUUUUGGAUGGAUUCCGCUCAACGGUUCAAGCACCAUCUAAUAAACCGGAACAGGAAAUACAAGAGCAGCUCAGACCUGAUUAUUUUACAGCAAAAAAGACAUUUCGACAUGGGUUUCCACAUUCACCGACGGCCCUAGCAUUUGAUCCAGUACAAAGAUUGUUGGUGAUCGGCGACAAAUCCGGUUCACUAAGAAUACUUGGGCGUCCUGGAGUGGAUACACAUGUACGACAUGAAGGUGAUUCGGCUUGUGCUGUCAUCGGCAUAGAGUUUCUUGUUAACGAGGGUGCUAUAAUAACUGCCACAGCAGACGAUACACUACAUUUAUGGAAUAUACGCCAAAAGAGUCCACAAGUAGUACAAAGUUUAAAAUUUCAAAGAGAAAGGAUAACAUGUAUUCAUUUGCCAGUCGGAAGCAAAUGGCUGUAUGUUGGCACAGAGAAGGGCAACAUUCAUGUUGUACAUAUUGAGACGUUCGCACUAAGUGGAUAUAUUAUUAACUGGAAUAAAGCGAUUGAAGUUAUACGAACAACUCACCCUGGGGCUGUGAUAGGAUUAUCUGAUAAUCCGUUGGAUGCCAAUAAACUCCUAAUUGCUUUCGAAAGUGGACUUAUUGUACAGUGGGACUUGAGAAAUAAAUGUGCUGAAAUCCGAUGGCAAUCUCCCGAACCACUCAGAUCGAUCGCAUGGCACCACGAGGGAAAGCAUUUUGUAUCAUCUCAUACCGACGGUUCAAUAUGUACGUGGCCGUUAAGGCCUUGUCCCAAACCGCAGAUACACUCGUUUCCACACGCAAAAACAAACAAGGAUGGAAAACCCGAGGCUUGCAAACCAAUACAUAAAGUCGAUUUAAAAACAACGCGAUUGGGUGAAACCUAUACGAUAUUUUCGGGCGGAUUGUCAAUGGAGAAGGGUGGUAAAUCGCCCUGCAUUACCGUAAUGCAAGGCAAAUCGACUACAGUUUUAGAAAUGGAGCAUCCUGUUGUAGAUUUUAUUACCCUUUGUGAGAGUCCUUGGUCUAGUGAUAUGCAGGAACCAUAUGCCAUAGCAGUACUGCUGCAACACGAUUUAGUUUUAAUAGAUUUACUUACACCCGGUUUUCCAUGUUUCGAAUCGCCUUAUCCUAUGGACUUACAUGAAUCACCUGUUACAUGUUGCACUUAUUUAGCUGACUGUCCAUCAGACCUAGUUCCGGCUUUUUAUUCCGUUGGUCGAAGUACUGCGAGUCGAAGAACGGGGUUCUCAGAUCGUGAAUGGCCUGUAUCAGGAGGAGAGUGGUCACCGGCCUCUUGCAGUUACUCGGAAAUCGUGAUAACCGGCCAUCAAGAUGGAACUAUUAAGUUUUGGGAUGCCGGAGCAGGUUCACUACAGAUUUUAUACAAAUUGAAAACUGGCAAAAUCUUUGAACGACCGAGAGCACGGUCAAUAGAUAAUGCGGACGAUGAUCCGCUUGGUAUACAAAUUAUAACACUUUGUGCUGAAUCAAGAAGGUUGUGCAUUGCCGGGUCAAGUGGUCACGUGAUACUAUUUAAGUUUAGAAAAUUAGAAAGUACCUCAGAAAUAUUGGUCCUAGAAAUACCAAUAAAAUAUGAAAGUUUCGAUGAUGAUGCUGGUGGAAGUCCUGAAUGUGAAUUUGUUCCUCGCCAAGCCCCGAAGACUGCUGAUGCCGUUGAAAAUGAUAAAAAGACCGAUGGCAUGCUGAGGGUAAGACCAGGAGCGCAAAGAAAACCCCCAGGUUUUCAGGCGCAGCUCAUUUGUUUAACACCUUGGACCCAGGGUAGUCAUCCUGGACAAAUAACAUCACUUUGUUUAAAUUCCAGCUAUGGCCUAAUGGCUUAUGGCAAUGAAUACGGUUUAGCUGUUGUCGAUACCGUUCAAAAAGUCUGUCUCCUUAGUGUUGCUAGUCCCGAUUUAUAUGGAGCGCAGGAUCCAUAUUCUCGGGUGCCAAAGAGUCCAAAACGUGGUGAUAAUAAUAAAGAUGAAUACACGCGUUCACCUAGUAUAGACCAGUUAAACGACGUGUCAAGUAGCCCACAAAAAGUGACCCAGAUGCCGUCCUCCUUACCUCAUGAGACAAUCACCGCUACUUUAGUCACCCAAACAGCACAAUCAUCUCCAUCAGUCGCUAGAGAGCAAUCAACCUCACCCUCCCGUCCAAUAUCGCCCGCUUGCGAAGCACUCGAAACUCCCCAAAGUAGCAGCACUAACAAUAACAGUCCUACCUCAGAGGAUCAACCUGCACUACAAUCCUCCGAAUCAUCACAAGGUCGCCGUAAGUCAAUUCCAUGGAAAGCAUUCAAUUUAAAGCGUCAAUUAUCCAAAGUCAACAUGAAGAUUUCCAAAACCGAUCCAAAUACCCCAUCGGGUUCUAAAAGUUCGUCUGUUUUUUAUUGUGCCCCAACUGAAGGUACGCCUCUGUCACCUGUCGAAAUAUCACCAGAUUCUGUCUCAGAAUCAACCCCAACCGAUACCGAACAAGAUAAAUCCGAUUAUAUGGAACAAAUUGAAAAGGAUAUUGUUUCCAGUUUAAAUGAAACCGAAAAUAAAGAAAUUGCACCCGAGGCAAGCCUUGAAAGCACCUUGGACCGUUUGUGUGGCAGUAAUUCAGAUUUAUCAGAACCAACAAGCCUGUCGGCUUCGCAAUCAAAUUCUACUCAAAAUAUCGCUCAAAGCGUUCCAAAGAUCAAUAUUCAUGAUCGCAUUGUUAUUGUUCGUACCAAUAAGAAGGAACGCACCAUGUCACAGCCACAAGCUGUACCAAUAUCUGGCUCGAAACGUGUUGAUUUUAGUGACGAACCGGCUUUUACAAAAUCUCUAGUAUCAACUAUGGAAGGAGCUCAUGUCUCACGUCCGGUCGAUUUACCUUUGUUCGAUAAUGAUGGCGAUCAACAACAUCCAGUUGCACCACCCCGGUACAAGAAAAAAGACAAACGCGAUCAGCGGCUGCUGUCUGUGCCAAAUAUUAAAUAUCAAGUUCGUGAUUUAAGGGGUGGUAGCUCCAAUAACCGUCGUAUGGUUAUGACGGGUUGUGGAACUGGUGUUGGUGUGGGUUCAAUUAGUGGUAGUAGUGGUGGUAAUAUUGGUGGUAAUAUUAUGGCUAGUGGUGGCAAUGUUAGUAGUGGUGCUUGUAUUGGCGGCAAUGCUAGCGGAAUUGGGCCAAGCACUUCACUAAUUGGACUGCAAAAUACGCCAAAUUUGCCUGCAUCCAUUUCGCCUGGGCUGGCCGCUUGCGGUGUUGGUGGUAGUGGCAGCGGCAGCUCGGGUGGUAGCAAUCAAAAUAUCAAUAUUCAAUGUAAUUUUGGUUCGACUAGUGCAGCUUCCACACAUCAGUCGCAAUUUUUGCUAACACAACAACAACAACAACAAAUUCAUCAACAACAACAACAACAACUACAACAACAACAACCACACCAGUUAUCUCAGCAACAAACACUAGCGCCCGAUUUUGUUCGACGAUCAAGAUCACAAGGUGGGAAAAAAUUGCAAAAAUGUUUAUCCACAGCAUCGUAUGGGGAGGAGUUGUCAAUUAGUCGACCGCAGAUGGCAACCAUGCCACACAAUCUACUUAUGACCCGACAAUAUUGCAGUUUUGAUCGUGCUCAAUUGAUAGAUAAGUUGGAUAGCUCGUUCUCGAGAUCACGAUCAUCGUCAAUGUCAAGCCUUGAGAAUAUCACAUCAGAAUCCAUAACGUGUUUAGCUUUCACGGAUAGUUAUACGAAAAAAAGUGAUCCAUCAGUAUUAUUGCCCACUUUAUGGGUUGGAACAAGUUUAGGUUCCGUUCUGACAGUAUCAAUAACAUUACCUGAAACAGAUACAAGAAAAACACAACCUGUUUUGGUGUCAAUAUUAGGAGGACCGAUUUUUCGGUUGAAGGGGUCAAUUUUAUCAAUGUCAUUUUUGGAUUGUAAUGGUGCACUCAUACCUUAUUCAUUUGAGCCUUGGAGAGAUGAAAAUAGAGAAAAACGGGAGCGAACGCCUACAAAGAACACGAAUCGAAUGAGCCCUACAUUAAGUGGAGCGACAGCCACAUCAACAACCAGUGGUGUUGGUGGCAGUACUAGCGUUAGCACUAGCAGCAGCAUGACAGUUGCAGCAAACCCUCCCAAUGAUAGUUGCUCAGAUAGGCAAUUUAUUGUGAUUGCCAGUGAGAAACAAGCUCGAGUUGUAGCGCUUCCCAGUCAAUAUUGUGUCUAUCGGCAUCAAAUUACAGAAACGGAUUUUGUUGUAAAGGCUGAAAUUGUUAGCAUGCGAGAAAGUGUAUGCCUGGUAACGUACGUGUCAAAUGGCCAUUUAAUGGCAUACAGUCUUCCUAGUCUUAGGCCCUUGUUGGAUGUAGAUUUUCUUCCCCUUAUCGAUCUGAGCUUUCAGACAAAAUGUAAGCAAGGAAUUGUAGAUCCAAUGCUUUCAAUUUGGGGCCAACAACUAAUUGUUCACGAGGAUACUAACCAGAUCUCGAAAGCAUUCUGUUUUAGCAACAAAGGACACGGACUGUAUUUGGCUUCACCCACCGAGCUUCAAAAAUUCUCACUCUGCUCAGAUUUUUGUCAAUUUACAACCGAAAUGAUGGGAGAACUUUUUGUACCCCACGAAAUGCCUGAACAACCAAAGGAAAGCUUCUUCAAGGGGCUCUUUGGCGUUGGAAAUCGAAGCUUGGAUAGAGAGGAACUCUUCGGAGAACAAAGUGGUAAGGCCAACCGCUCAGUUGCGAAACACAUACCCGGUCCAAGUUUGGAUCAAUUGGGACAAAGAACAUCAACAGCAGCAUCUGAAAUUAGUCGAGCCCAUCAAUUAGCAAUGGAACGUGGUGAAAAGCUUAAUAUGCUUGAAGAGCGCGCCGAACGUAUGGCAAAUGAAGCGCAAAAUUUUACUGGUACAGCGCAUCAAUUAAUGCUUAAAUAUAAAGAUAAAAAAUGGUAUCAAUUGUAAAAAUAAUAAUAAUUAUAAUAAUAAAUAUAAACAUCACACAAAUAAUUAGAUUUAAAAGAAAAAAAAGAUAUAAUUAUAAAAAAAAAAAAAAAAACAAAAAAUAAAAACUAAAACAAAAUAUUUAUUUACUACAAAACAAACAAAAUAAUCUCAUCAAAUUUCAAUUGCCUGGAUUUUGACUUUAAAAAAUAAGGCAUAUGCAUAAAAGUUUUUUGUUAUUUAAAAAAAAAAAAAUCAUUUGUAAAAGCUGUUCAAUGUAUUGUUAAGUCUAAUUUACCCUACUUGUUACAUAUAUAUGCGCUUACAAUUCUUAUUUUCAACAACUACAAAAAAAAAAAACUAAAUUUUUAUUCUUUUUAUGUUUAUUUUUGUGCAAUUAAAUGAGCCUUUGAAUACCAUAUUCCUGUAAUAAACAAAUAAUUAAAUUAUAUAAAAAACACGCACAGAAAAUUACUACGCUAUAUUGUUUUUCAUCAGAGGUAUAUAGAUAAUAAAUUAAAAAAACUAAAAACAAAAAAAAUUGUAUUGCCAUAGAUGGCACUGCAAUAAAUGAGUCGAUUCUUUGUAUUAAACGCAAAUUUUAGUACCUUUAGUAUAAAAAAUAUUGACUAAACGAUAAAUUUAAAACCAAGAAUGUAACAAAACAUAACAAUUGUUUAUGGUUGCUUAUCAUUUAAAACUACAUACAUAUACAAUACAUAUACCUACUGUUUUGCUUUUGUUUCU